GCCCGCCUUUGCCGCCUGGGUUCCCGCGACCCCAACGUCCUAGAGGCGGGGCCGCAGUCAUCCGGGACGCUUCUUGGAGCCGGCCUUUGGGUGCCCAACAAACAAACUCCAGCUUGGCGGCGGCCGUGACGAUAGCGACGGUGGGUCUUCGUGCUCCUGGUUCCCCGAGGCUCCCUCCGGGCCCGGGAAACUCGAAAAGCCAUCAGCUUUCUAAACAGGAGAAAAGCUUGUUCCUAGACACAUUAGUGUCAGCACUGGAGGGACUUGUCAGUCAAUCCGUCAGGCUGAUGUGGUCAGCUAAGGUGGGAGGAUGGAAAGAACUUUAUAUGGGCAAGAGGGAGAAGAGGGUACUGAGGACCAGAAAUUGAAUAAAUCACUCACCAAAAUAGAGCCUGUAGUUCCUCUAGAAAAAGCCCCAGAUGAACACCAGGUUUACUUCAAGCAAGAUGGUACCUUUCCACUUUCCUCCAUCAAAAUUGGCACUUUGGAACCCAAUGCCAAUUGGAGGUUUCAUCUACUUGCAUCUUAGUUACUACAGAAAGCCAAAGCUUGUGGUAACUGAAAAGGCCAUCCGACUUGCUUAUCGUCAUGCUAAGCAGAAUAAAAAAAAUGUGCCAUGCUUCUUACUUGGUUCUCUCACAGUGGAUGAAGAUGAAGAAGGUGUGACAUUGACAGUAGAUCGCUUUGAUCCUGGCCGAGAAGUACCAGAAUGCUUAGAAAGAACCCCUACUGCAUCUCUUCCUGGAGAUUUUUUGAUCCCCUGCAAAGUUCAUACUCAAGGACUUUGUUCAAGAGAUAUGACAGUUCAUAAUGCAGAUGACUUCACUUCAACUUUAAAGGCUUUACAGUACCAUGUGUGUUGCAAAGAUUUCUUGGACUUUGGAAAGCUGCUUUCCCUACGAGCUCAAAUCACCCCCAGGGAGAGUGUGGAAGGUGUGGAUUUUGACUUUCAUUGGACAGCAAUAACUCUAGCAAAUUCUUUCAAAUGUGUACCCGUGAAGCCUAUCCCUAUUAUUCCUACAGCUUUGGCAAGAAACUUAAGUAGUAAUCUGAAUAUUUCUCAAGUUCAAGGAACCUAUAAACAUGGAUAUGUUACCAUGGAUGAGACACGAAAAUUGUUGCUUUUGUUGGAGUCUGAUCCCAAGGUUUAUUCUCUACCGUUAGUGGGAAUUUGGCUCUCUGGAAUUAUACAUAUCUAUAGCCCACAAGUAUGGGCUUGCUGCUUGAGAUACAUGUUCAGUUCUUCUAUUCAGGAAAGGGUUUUUUCAGAAUCUGGAAAUUUCAUCAUAGUUCUUUAUUCGUUGACACAUAAGGAACCUGAAUUUUAUGAGUGCCUGCUUUGUGACAGUAGGGCAGCUGGCCUUCAGUUUCAGUUACUAACCAACAAGGAGACUUUACAUCUUUUCAAUAAUGUUGAAUCUUCUGACAAAAAUCCAAUCCAUUUUGAGCUAAGUGCUGAAAGUCAAGAUGCAGAAGCAGAGUUUUUGAGCAAGAUAUCCAAGAGUCUGUCAGUUAAGAGAUCUCCCCAAAAAGUAUCUCCUGGGAAAUUACCAAUAAAUAAGCAUGAUGCUAACUUUGAAGAUGAGGAUCUUUCUCCAAGACCAAUUCCCAGUCCUCACCCAGUGAGUGAAAAGAUUUCUAAGAUCCAGCCAUCUGUCCCUGAACUUUCGCUUGUGUUGGACAGCAACUUCACAGACUCAAGUAAUCAGUCUAACCCGUUGGAAAUGGAAAACCCUGUGCUGAUGAAGCAAUCCAAGCCUGAUCUUUGUGAUGACAAACACAGCACCGAAGCUGACGUUGGGGAGCCUGCCCUGACAGGGAUACCAAAUAAGUUAAGCCAGGACACUGCUUUGAGACAUUGCAGAGGGAAGCAGUCACCUACCUGUAAGAAAGAAAGGCCCCAUUUCAGGAACACUAAUGCUAAACCACUUCUUAAUGCACCUUUUCCUGAUGUAUCUGAGACACUUCAAGCAGUUUCUACUGGGAGCAUGCAAAAGGAAGACCACCCUGUGAGACCUUCCUCACUGAAUUCGAGGCAGCCCUCACUUGCUCCGCAAGCCCACCCACACAAUUUUGUUUUUUCGCCCCAUAAUUCAGCAAGACCAAUGGAGCUUCAAGGUCCUAUUCCUUCACUAACCCCUUACUAUUCCACAAACACCUGCAACUGUUGUCACCAUCAUGGCCAUGUUCAGUAUAGUACAAUAAAUUCUUGGCAGGGAAAUAUGGUAGGCUCCCUUCAAGACCUCCGGAAUGAAGCCCUUCCAAAACAUGCAUUAUUUCACUCAAGUGGCUGUCUUUGUCAUAAUGACAUCUACUCUUCGAGUAGCCCAGUGGCCAUGAAACCUCAGGGAGGCAGGAGUGGCUAUUCCUCCCGCAGUAGUGGAGAGCCAUCCCUUUCACAUAUGGACUCGUGUGUACCACAGACUUGUGCUAUGUGCAUGCACACACCCAGCACGGUACCUGACAAUGGCAUGAUGGGACUAUCUCCUGAUGCAUAUCGCUUUGUCACAGAGCAAGACAGGCAGCUGAGACUACUUCAGGCACAGAUUCAGCGCUUAUUGGAAGCACAGUCUCUAAAUCCUGGCUCCCCUAAGACAACUACUGUGGAAGACACUGUGAAAGCGGCAAAACAAGUGGAGCUGGUUUCCAUGGAAGCACAGUCUUCGCCUGGCUUGCACAUGAGAAAUAGUGUAAGCAUUGCUGUGAGCACAGGUGCUAGCUUGUUUUGGAAUGCAGCAUGUGAUGAUCAAGAGCCUGACUCACAGCUAAAACAAGAUGAUACCAAGAUUUCCAGUGAAGACAUGAAUUUUUCUGUUGAUAUUAAUAAUGAAGUGGCAAGUCCUCCAGGUAGUGCAUCUUCAUUAAAAGCGGUUGACAUUCCCAGUUUUGAAGAAAGCAAUCUUGCUGUGGAAGAAUUUAAUCAUCCACUUCCUGAAUCCAACAGCUCUGAAGAGCAGAGAAAAGAACCUGAUGUGCCUGUGUUCUUCCCAAAUGCUUUGCUGGCUGAGAGUGUGAGCAUGCGUUUACAAACUGAGCCAACAGAGGGAGCCAGUAACAGCACUGAAUCAUCAGAGGAACCAAAAGUUGAGCCUUACUGGCCAGCAGAUAACCAGAAAAUUUACCAGGACUUGUUGGGUAAAGUGAACCAACUACUAAAUAACUCCUCCCAAGAGAUUGAUCAACCACCUACCAAAGCAGUAGGUAUCAACCAUGAGUGCACCAAAACCCCAAAUAUUCACCAUGUAAGGAAAAAAAAGCACAACCCAGGACUGGUAGACAAAGAUUGUGUACUCAGUGCAACUAUUAAACAGCUGAGGAGCCUGGGAGUGAAAAUCGAUUCUCCCACUAAAGUGAAGAAAAACGCACAGAAAGUGGAUCAUGCCAGUGUUUUGGCAUGCAUCAGCCCAGAAGCAGUGAUCUCUGGAUUAAACUACAUGUCAUUCGCUAAUGUUGGCAUGAGCGGCUUAAGUCCCACUGGUGUGGAUUUGAGCAUGGAGGCAAAUGCUAUAGCUCUGAAAUACUUGAAUGAAAAUCAGCUGUCACAACUGUCUCGCGCUCGAUCAAACCAAAAUAACUGUGACUCAUCUUUUGGCCUUCUCCAUAUUAAUUCAGACAGAAGCACGGUGGGGCUUAGCUUAGUUUCACCAAGCAACAUGUCAUUUGCAACCAAAAAAUACAUGAAGAGAUACGGGCUCUUAGAAAGCAAUGACAAUAGUGAGGAUGAAGAGUCUCCUGGCCAUGCAGAUAGUGAGAUUGACUGGGAGUUGACUAGAAACCCUGCAUGCAGACCUGUGCAAUUUGAUCAUCAGAAAGCGCCUUCUCACAAUGCCUAUGAAACAUCUCAGUGUUCUGACUGUGGCUCUGAGGACAUGCACACAGAUAUGCCAGUGUUGAGAAACAUCACAAAUGAAGCUGUCCAGCCAAGAGCUGCAAAGCAGUUGAAUGAAGACCCUGCUUUUUCAUUAAGGAAUCUUAAACCAGAUGCUGCAGUGAGCCUCCGAACUGGAAAAGCAGAGUUCACUCAACAUCCUGAGAAGGAAAAUGAAAGUGACACUGCAAUUUUUCCUGGACCCCUGCAGCCUCCUGAGACUUUAAAGCAAAUGAGUAGCAUGCAUUCUGUGGGUACCUUCUUAGAUGUGAAUCGUCUCAGACAGUUACCGAAGUUAUUUUAACUCUUUACUCCUGCUUUGUGAUGUGAGGACUAGGUGGGUACUGAUGGCACUUAAGGAAGCCAGACCUUUGGGAUCACUUUUUGUUUGUUUGGUUUUCAAAACAGGGUUUCUCUGUAUAGCCCUGGCUGUCCUGGAACUCACUCUGUAGACCAGGCUGGCCUCUAACUCACAGAGUUCUGUCUGCUUCUGUUUCCCCAGUGUAAGGUAGGAUUAAAGGCAUGCACCACCAUUGCCUGGCCGUGACCUUUGGAAUUUCUAAUAACUGUAAGAGUCUGUUUCCUAUUAGCAGCUAAUUCCAGUAGCAUUGGUCAGCAGGUGACCCAGUUAGGAAAUGGCUGGUUAGUGGGAAGCUGGGUUCGUUCUGCAUCUCUGAGCCUAAAACAGAAGUAAAAUAACCCUAAAAUGAGGAUUGCAGCAAAUCAAGUUCAAGUGUACUCUCUGUACCCCAGGACCUCUAAUGUACUAAUGAGAUCCAUUACUGAGCCCCACCUACAUUCUCAACUAGGUUUUUUGAGACACGGUCUCAGUAUGUAGCCAGGCUGGCUUCAGAUUUCUCCUCCUGUCUUCUGAGUCUGUCUCAGGUAUGCACUUCACCCAGUGUCUCCCAAAGACAAUUUCUUACGUGAUCAUAGUAAGUUAUAAAACCAAGAAAUUACAUUAGACACAAUACUGAGUAAACCACAGAACUUUUCAUUGCCUUUGGUUGUUAUUUGGUGGGAAGAGGCAGUGCUGAGGGUUGAACCCAGGACCUCACACCAAGGGUUCUAGCACUGAACUUUAUACUUCAGUCCAUGAGGUGUGCCAUUGAUUUGUAUUUUGUGCGUAUAGAUGCAUGAAAUUAUAUCACAUAGCUUCCACUAACCUAAAACACAUCCUCCAGUCCCUGAUCUUCUUAUCAUCACUGGAAUGUUUUGUAAUCAUUUAAAAAAUGUUUCAUAAACAGAACUGUACUUUUUAAAUGUCUUUUUUUUAAAUUUAGCAUUAUACCUUUUGAAAUUUACUGCCUUUCUCCAAAUAAUGUCCUGAGAUCUAUCUAAGUGUUGAGUGUGUCAGUAAUUCUUUACUUCCUCCUCUCCCAAGUUGUUACUUCUAAAUAUAAAAGAAAAAUAUCCUCAUUCACUUUAAAGAUGAAGGUUUCUGCUGAAGUUAAAAUGUUGUCACUGGGCAGUGGUCAAGCACACCCUUAAUCCCAGCACUCUGGAGGGAGAGGCUGGUGGAUCUCCGUGAGUUUAAGACCAGCGUGGUCUAUAGAGCCAGUAACAGGACAGCCACAGUUAUACAGAGAAACCCUGUCUCAGGGGAAAAAAAAAAAAAAGUGUGGUUGUCUUGUAUUAAAAUUUGGCUUGUAAAGUGAAAGAAACGUACAUUUGUUCUCUGAAUGUUUUUUUAAUCCAGCUGUGGCUUCCUAAGACAGUACUAAUAGAGAACUGUUGCUGGCUAACAGGGCCAAGGAGCCAGGGACCAGUUGGCACCUUGUUCCCUCCCUACAUUGCUGCAAUUUCAAGUCACAAUUAGACAUAAGUGACAACGAUGUUUCCCUCUGUUUCUACUUGCAGUUUCUAGUAAGUAAUAGAAUUGUCAAUGCUCUUUUUAAACUGAGCCCUCUGAGUUUCACCCCAAAGUGAAUGUGGGUGCCAUUUGUAUUGCACUUUGAAAACAGUAUAUUAAGCCAGAUGUGGUGGCCCAUGUCUUUAAUCCCAGAUUUGGGAGGCAAAGGCAAGCAGAUCUCUCUAUAUGUUCUAUGCCAGCCUUAUCUAUAGAGCAAGCCCCAGGACAGCCAGAGCUACAAAGAGAGACCUUGUCUCAAGAAAAAAGAACAGAAAAUAUUAAGUGGAUUAACCAACAGCCUCAACAACUCUUACUGUGAAUCUCAUUUUUUAUGGGAACUAUACAAGCAGACUGAGGAAGAAUUUAUAAUUUCAUCACCUGAUCGAAUGUUUCUGUUAAGAUGUUGAAGAAGUUUUCAAAACCGAGUUUAGACCACAGGUUAAUUCCACAAAACAUCUCUUUCUACUUAGUGCUUGCUAAGAAGGACCAUCAAUAAAGUCUACACUAGAAAGUU